AUGGCCGGCCAGCGCAAGCUCCUGAGCGAGAUCGACCGCACGCUGAAGAAGGUGAGCGAGGGCGUGGACGUGUUCAACGAGAUCUGGGACAAGGUGUACGCCGCCACGGCGCAGAACCAGAAAGAGAAGCACGAGGCCGAUCUGAAGAAAGAGAUCAAGAAGCUCCAGCGCUUUCGCGACCAGAUCAAGACGUGGAUUGGCAACUCGGACGUGAAGGACAAGCGGCCGCUCGUGGACACGCGGAAGCUCAUUGAGCAGAAGAUGGAGGAGUUCAAAGUGUGUGAGAAAGAGACCAAGACCAAGGCGUAUAGCAAGGAAGGACUGGCGCAAGUCGAGCGCUUGGACCCCGAGCAGCAGGCGCGACAGCAGUCGCACGCGUGGAUUCAGGACUGUCUGACGCAGUUCAAUGUGCAGAUUGAAGCGCUGGAGAGCGACGUGGAGCGCCUGCAUCUGGUGAAAGGACGCAAUCGGAACAAAGCUGAGAUUGAAGAGAAGGAGAAGCUCUUGUCGCGACACAAGUGGCACAUUCUCAAGCUCGAGCAGAUCAAUCGCCUGCUGGACAACUCGGCGCUCGAGCCCGAGCAGGUGGACGAGCUCAAGGAAGACGUUGAGUAUUUCCUAGAAGCGAAUCAAGAGCCAGACUUUAUGGAGACGUACGCGGACGAUGACAUCUACGAGACGCUAGAUCUUGAUACAUUGGGUGCAGCUGCACAAGUGGCAUUGCCGACAGAGCAGGACGUCGGUAUUGAUGAUGCGAACGGUGCAACUGCGGCAGUGACAACAGCUGCACCGGUAGCAGCAGUAACAAGUACGACCACGACGGCGCGGGGCAAGACGCCGCGCAAGAGUGCGUCGUCGUCGCUGAUUACAGGUAUUGGCCGCGCUGGAGCAGUGAAGCCGAUCGAUCUCAAGACGUCGACGCCGAUUCGAUCGAGCAGCACGAGCAAAAGCGACACGUCGCCGUUAAACAGCCUCAAGAUCGAGACGAGCAAAGGACGCACGACCCCGCUGCAUGCGAAGAGCGGAUCUUCUGCGUCCGAAAAAGGGUCGAGCAAAGCGCCGACGCCGAUACCGUCUUCUCCGAGUGUCGGAGAGCAGCUUACACCGGUGCGCAAGGUGGCACCGCUCACACCGCAGCGCUCACCGUCUCCUAGCAUCGGCAAGGGGCCGCUCAUUGGAGGCCACUUGUCGUCUUCGGCUUCGCCAGCUGUCAGUAAGCCUCCAACCGGCCCAGCACCGUCACCUGCGCCUUCGAACUCCUCGUUGCUGCCGCCUCCGGUACCUGCACCGUCACCCGCCGCUCCGACCGUCGCAACGGCUACUAACGUAGCACCUUCACCAGUGCCUGGAUCUGCAGAAGCUGUACCGACUGGAGCUGCAACAGCAGUAGUGAACACUCGGCCCAUGGUAGAAUCGCCUCAGCUGACUGACGAACAGCGGCAGAUUGUGCGGUUGAUCGACGAGAGCUUUCACUUCAUUCCCGAGAGCCGCGACUCUGAAAAGGCCAACCGCUACGUUCCGCGCAACUUGUACGCGACCCCGGCAUCGUUCCCCGCCACGCCGUCCACGCUGUUCUCGAGCCCUGUCAUUUUCGAGAAGCUGGACGUGGACACGCUCUUCUUCAUCUUUUACUACCAGCAAGGUUCCUAUCAGCAGUACCUGGCAGCUCGUGAGUUGAAGCGACGGACGUGGGGGUACCACAAGAAGUACAAGACCUGGUUCAAGCGUCACGAGGAGCCGCAAGUGACAGGCGAGGACUACGAGCAAGGCACUUUUGUCUACUUUGACUACGAGACUGGCUGGUGCCAACGCAUUAAGACCGAGUUCACCUUUGAGUACAGUUUCCUCGAAGACGAGCUGCAGUAA